AUGAUCUUUCCCAUCCCUGCGGCUGCGGCUGGUGCAGGUGAGCAAUGUGUACCGGAGAUCCUGGUAGAUCCCUGCAUGGACUACAGCACAGCCAGGGGGCCUGGAUUUGACGUGCCCGGAGAACAACCUGGACUUGUCUCCUGGCGUUUUAACGGCGUCGAAAACGGCUCCGUCCAACUGGGGUCAUCUCAGGUAGACCAGGAGGAUUCACCAGGAGUUCCCUCAGCCUUGAGGUGGCGUUUGCCGGAGGCCAGUGAUGUGCUACCCAUGACCAAAUGUCGGGUCUGUGGCUUUGGACAAGUGGGCGACGACCAGGAGAGCGUGAACGUUAAAGGCUGCAAUCCCAGGAGUGUGGUUGACUUGAAAACGGUGAAUUUUCCCUACUUCAUGGCAGACCCACGACGCGGCUACUACGAGUCUGACAUCUACUUUGGGCAGAAUUCCAUUGAGUCAGUUAUCUCCGAGGAGAACGAGGGGCAUCCCCAGCACCAGGUCUAUCUGGUGGACGCGGUGAAACGCCGCCUGACGCCUGCGCUGGCGGUGCUGCCCAAGAACGAUGAGAACGAUGAGAUCUGCUGCCGAGUGGCCUCUGGGAUCCACUGGGCACCCACUGGGCAAACGGGGGAUUCGUACCGAGCCCACAUCUUCACAGUGCUUCCCACUGGAUAUCAGAGGUUUAUGGUGGUACCUGUGAGCAACUUGGGGAAUGAGAUGCCCGCAGGGACUUUGAGUGACAACGUGGUGGACAAUGAGGGCGGCGAGCUGUAUCAUCUUGGGAUAUUUCCUCCUGGUAACUUCAGCUUCUUGGUGGCUGUGGCAGCUGUGGAUGAUAUGAAGGCGGGCAAUGGUUCGCUGAUGCUCCGCUCGCCGCGGCAUGAGGUCCAGCUGCCCUGCAGCCAACUGCGGCUCCUGGAGCACGCGGUGGUGGUGCCGGUGCUGGAUCGGUCCCAGGAUCGGACAUUUUCGGCUCAUCCGCAGCUCGGCUCCCAUCGACGUCCAUCGCUUUGCGCAGCAUCGACCCAGUCCGCCAUGGGACUCCUCCGCAGUGCUGCCAGGAUUGCCAAUGUUGGGCUGCGGCCUAUGAGCAAAGUGCCCACCGUGCUUCCCGUGCGCCAAUUUGCCAGCCGCUCCAUGCCACGACUGGGACACAACUUGGAGGACCACUUCGACUUUGCGGAGUUCACGUGCAAAAUGCACAGCCCCAUUGCCGAGUACAUGUUCUGGGGCAUCAUUCUGAGCACCUUCAUCACAAGCUUCGGUCCCUUGUUGCAUUCCAACUACUACUUCACUGGCCGCUUCCUUCCCAAGGACCAGGGAAACACUCAGCUCUGUGAUGAUAGCUGGUGA